CCGCGGCGGGGCGGCGCGAGGGCGGGCCGGGGCCGGUUCCGCGCGCAGGGAUUUUAAAUGUCCCGCUCUGAGCCGGGCGCAGGAGCAGCCGGCGCGGCCGCCAGCGCGGUGUAGGGGGCAGGCGCGGAUCCCGCCACCGCCGCGCGCUCGGCCCGCCGACUCCCGCCGCCGCCGCCGCCGCCGCCGCCGCCUGCCGGGACUGGAGCGCACCGCCCGCCGCGGACAAGACCCUGGCCUCAGGCCGGAGCAGCCCCAUCAUGCCGAGGGAGCGCAGGGAGCGGGAUGCGAAGGAGCGGGACACCAUGAAGGAGGACGGCGGCGCGGAGUUCUCGGCUCGCUCCAGGAAGAGGAAGGCAAACGUGGCCGUUUUUUUGCAGGAUCCAGAUGAAGAAAUGGCCAAAAUCGACAGGACGGCGAGGGACCAGUGUGGGAGCCAGCCUUGGGACAAUAAUGCAGUCUGUGCAGACCCCUGCUCCCUGAUCCCCACACCUGACAAAGAAGAUGAUGAGCGGGUUUACCCAAACUCAACGUGCAAGUCUCGGAUUAUUGCACCAUCCAGAGGCUCCCCACUGCCUGUACUGAGCUGGGCAAAUAGAGAGGAAGUCUGGAAAAUCAUGUUAAACAAGGAAAAGACAUACUUAAGGGAUCAGCACUUUCUUGAGCAACACCCUCUUCUGCAGCCAAAAAUGCGAGCAAUUCUUCUGGAUUGGUUAAUGGAGGUGUGUGAGGUCUAUAAACUUCACAGGGAGACCUUUUACUUGGCACAAGAUUUCUUUGACCGGUAUAUGGCGACACAAGAAAAUGUUGUAAAAACUCUUCUACAGCUUAUUGGUAUUUCAUCUUUAUUUAUUGCAGCCAAACUUGAGGAAAUCUAUCCUCCAAAGUUGCACCAGUUUGCGUAUGUGACAGAUGGAGCUUGUUCAGGAGAUGAAAUUCUCACCAUGGAAUUAAUGAUUAUGAAGGCCCUUAAGUGGCGUUUAAGUCCCCUGACUAUUGUGUCCUGGCUGAAUGUAUACAUGCAGGUUGCAUAUCUAAAUGACUUACAUGAAGUGCUACUGCCGCAGUAUCCCCAGCAAAUCUUUAUACAGAUUGCAGAGCUGUUGGAUCUCUGUGUCCUGGAUGUUGACUGCCUUGAAUUUCCUUAUGGUAUACUUGCUGCUUCGGCUUUGUAUCAUUUCUCGUCAUCUGAAUUGAUGCAAAAGGUUUCAGGGUAUCAGUGGUGCGACAUAGAGAACUGUGUCAAGUGGAUGGUUCCAUUUGCCAUGGUUAUAAGGGAGAUGGGGAGCUCAAAACUGAAGCACUUCAGGGGCGUCGCUGAUGAAGAUGCACACAACAUACAGACCCACAGAGACAGCUUGGAUUUGCUGGACAAAGCCCGAGCAAAGAAAGUCAUGUUGUCUGAACAAAAUAGGGCUUCUCCUCUCCCCAGUGGGCUCCUCACCCCGCCACAGAGCGGUAAGAAGCAGAGCAGCGGGCCGGAAAUGGCGUGACCACCCCAUCUUUCUCCACCAAAGACAGUUGCGCGCCUGCUCCACGUUCUCUUCUGUCUGUUGCAGCGGAGGCGUGCGUUUGCUUUUACAGAUAUCUGAAUGGAAGAGUGUUUCUUCCACAACAGAAGUAUUUCUGUGGAUGGCAUCAAACAGGGCAAAGUGUUUUUUAUUGAAUGCUUAUAGGUUUUUUUAAAUAAGUGGGUCAAGUACACCAGCCACCUCCAGACACCAGUGUGUGCUCCCGAUGCUGCUAUGGAAGGUGCUACUUGACCUGAGGGACUCACACAACAACAAAAGCUUGAAGCUGUGGAGGGCCACGGUGGCGUGGCUCUCCCCACAGGUGUUCCGGGCUGCGUUGUACCAAGUGGAGCAGGUGGUUGCGGGCAAGCAAUGCGCAGAGCCCACAGCCAGCUGGGCAGGGGGCUGCCCUCUCCACAUUAUCAGUUGACAGUGUACAAUGCCUUUGAUGAACUGUUUUGUAAGUGCUGCUAUAUCUAUCCGUUUUUUAAUAAAGAUAAUACUGUCUUUGA